ACAACAUUAGCCCUCGUUUAUUCUCGUAGUUUGGAGAUUUCCUCGUUUCUCUCCAGGACGUUUGGGGACGCGCAGCUCAGGACGCAGCACGGGACGCACCGGAGCGCACGACCAGUAUGAUGGAGAGAUAGCAGUAGGAAGAAGAGAAAAUGUCUUUUUUUGGCAUGGACUGUGUCAAGAAAAAAGAGCAAGAGCUGGAGAGGAAGCUCCGCGCCAACGACCGCGAGUACAACCUCCCCUUUAAGUAUGCAACAAAUGCCAUCAAGACCUCCAAGUACAACCCCUUCACCUUCCUACCUCUUAACCUGUUUGAGCAGUUCCAGAGGAUUGCUAAUGCCUACUUUCUGUUUCUUCUGGUGCUCCAGGUGAUUCCUCAGAUCUCCUCUCUGUCCUGGUUCACCACAGUCGUGCCUCUGGUCCUCGUGCUGACAGUCACCGCUGCCAAGGAUGCCACUGACGAUAUUAAUCGCCACAGGAGCGAUAAUCAAGUCAACAACAGAAAAGUUAAAGUCCUUAUUGACAGAAA